AACUCCAUAUGGACACACAUAAAUAUACUAAAGCAGGUCUGCUAAAUAUAUCUAUUUUAGGUGAAGUUUUUGUAAAGCAUCAUAAAUAUGGUGUAGAGAAAAUCCGAUUGGUUUACAUUUAAGAUGACAUCCUCUAUUGGACGAAGCCUGAUGAUAUCAAUAAAUUAAAGCCAAAAGGAAAGAUUAAAUUAGAAGUUUGAGUUAGUAAUUUAAUUUAAGGAUAUUUUGUAAAUAGAAAAUGGAUUGAAAAAAGCAAAGAAAUUAAAAGAUUUAGAUCGAUCAUCAAAUUGUUUUUCAAUAAUAACAAAAGAACGUACUCUUGAACUUGAAGCAUCAAAUAUUCAAAUAAAGAAUAUAUGGACAAAUAUCAUAAAUAAUAUUCUAAAAAAUUAAUAAACUCCUUCUUAGUGA